AUGGCGUGGACAGUCGAAGGGGUGCAAGGGCACCCACAUAGGAAAGGGACAGUUGGGCGAAACGGCCGCAGUAGGUCCUGGGUCCUCUGGGUCAGUCCCGCCCGAGCGGUCCGCACCUCUCCGGUUUUUCCCGAAGGUGGUGGCGUGGAGGCGCGGCGCGCGGCCCUUGCGGCGCUGGAGGAGCUCGAGGCUGAGGGCGCUGGGAGGCGACGGGGCCGCCGGGCCGCGGACGCCUCAGCGAUGUUUUACUCAGGGCUCCUCACUGAGGGCGGCCGCAAGGAGACCGACAUGCGGGAGGCGGCGUCGCUGCGGCAGCAGCGCCGGAUGAAGCAGGCGGUGCAGUUCAUCCACAAGGACUCGGCCGACCUGCUGCCCCUGGACGGCCUCAAGAAGCUGGGCUCGUCCAAGGACACGACCGAAUUUGGUUUCUGGGGCUUGAGCUUCACAGCGAGCCGCCUCGCAGGCUGUGUGGCCGGUCCUGUGACCCAGACAGAGGUGACUCCUAAUGAGCGAGUGCGCAGCAGAGAGACCGCAGAACGGGACGGCUCUGACGGGCACCGGGUGCAUUACAUUGAUGAAUGUGAAAAUGAACUCAACGGAGGCUGUGUCCAUGACUGUUUGAAUAUUCCAGGCAACUAUCGCUGCACUUGCUUCGAUGGCUUCAUGUUGGCUCAUGAUGGUCAUAAUUGUCUUGAUGUGGACGAGUGCUUGGAGAACAAUGGUGGCUGCCAGCACACCUGUAUCAAUGUCAUGGGGAGCUACGAGUGCCGCUGCAAGGGGGGCUUUUUCCUGAGUGACAAUCAGCACACGUGCAUCCACCGCUCAGAAGAGGGCCUGAGCUGCAUGAAUAAGGAUCAUGGCUGCAGUCACAUCUGCAAGGAGGCCCCAAGGGGCAGUGUCGCCUGCGAGUGUAGGCCUGGUUUUGAGCUGGCCAAGAACCAGAGAGACUGUGUCUUGACCUGUAACCAUGGAAAUGGUGGGUGUCAGCACUCCUGUGAAGAUACAUCUGAAGGCCCCGAAUGUAGCUGCCAUCCACGGUAUAAGUUGCACACAGAUGGGAGGAGCUGCCUUGAGCGAGAAGAUGCGACCCUGGAGGUGACAGAGAGCAACACCACCUCAGCAGCUGAUGGGGAUAAGCGGGUGAAGCGGCGGCUGCUCAUGGAAACAUGCGCUGUCAACAAUGGAGGCUGUGAUCGUACCUGUAAGGACACCUCAACAGGUGUUCACUGCAGUUGUCCUGUCGGCUUCACUCUCCAGUUGGAUGGGAAGACAUGUAAAGAUAUCGAUGAGUGCCAGACCCGAAACGGAGGUUGUGAUCAUUUCUGCAAAAACACCGUGGGCAGUUUUGACUGCAGCUGCAAAAAAGGAUUUAAGUUAUUAACAGAUGAGAAAUCUUGCCAAGAUGUGGAUGAGUGCUCUUUGGAUCGGACCUGUGACCACAGCUGCAUCAACUACCCUGGCACAUUCACUUGUGAUUGCAACCAAGGGUACACCCUCUAUGGCUUCACCCACUGUGGAGACACCAACGAGUGCAGUAUCAACAACGGAGGCUGUCAGCAGGUCUGUGCGAACACAGUGGGUGGCUACGAAUGCCAGUGCCAUCCCGGGUACAAGCUCCACUGGAAUAAAAAAGACUGUGUGGAAGCAAAGGGGCUCCCGCCCACUAGUGUGCCAUCCCGUGUGUCCCUGCACUGUGGUAAGAGCGGUGGCGGAGACAGGUGCUUCCUCAGGUGCUACUCUGGUAUUCACCUCUCUUCAGGACUGCAAGAGGCCUACUCUGUCACCUGCGGCUCUUCUUCUCCCAGAAACAAACAGCAAAAAACAAAUGACUCUGCUUUUGGGGAUGUCACCACCAUCAGGACAAGUAUAACCUUUAAGGUAAAUGAAGGCAAGUGUAGUUUGAAAAAGGCUGAGCUGUUUCCUGAGGGUCUGCGACCAGCACUACCAGAGCAGCAGAGCUCAGUAAAAGAGAGCUUCCGCUACGCAAACCUUACAUGCAGCUCCGGCAAGCGAGUCCCGGGAGCCCCUGGCCGACUGAGCGCCCCUAAGGAAAUGUUUAUCACUGUUGAGUUUGAGCGUGAAACUUACCAAAAGGAGGUGACAGCUUCUUGCGAUCUGAGCUGCAUGGUAAAGCGGACAGAGAAGCGGCUGCGGAAGGCCAUUCGCACGCUGAGGAAGGCUGUCCACAGAGAUCAGUUUCACCUCCAACUCUCAGGCAUGGACCUGGAUGUGGCUCAGAAGUCUCCCAGAACAUCUGAACGACAGGCAGAGUCCUGUGGAGUGGGCCAGGGCCACGCAGAAAACCAAUGUGGUGAGUAGUCAGGACAUUCUUGUUAAUGGAUUUUCUUUGAGGGCUAUACACACUAAGGGCACUAACAGCAAGUGUGAGCUGUUCUUCUUUCUCCAGGCUCACUCCAGAGAACAUUCUGAAUGCCCUUUCUCAUCUGGUAGCUGUCAUUGUAGUGGCCGUCAUGCUUACUAGGCCAGGAGCUCUUUAGGAGCUGAGAUUGAAUGUCGCUCACUUUCCUUUCCCCAGCACCUGUCACAGUCCUGGCUUGGGGUGGGCACUGAAGUCAGAGACAGGGUUGGAGAGAAGAAGGAUGCUGCCUGUGAGGGUUUGAGAUAUAUUCAGAGCACUGUUCCCUGACUGCAGCAGGAGCCUUCUCCACACUCCAUCCUCACUGUUCCUGU